UCCCCUCCCGCUCCAUAAAUCUCCUCCCGAUCGUUUCCUGCCCGCGUUGAUUGCGUCGGCGCCCCAGCGUACGCGCACGCCAAGUUUUACCACCACGGCCGGGCUCGCCACACGCGACGCGUAGACACAGGCACGGGCAGGCAGGCAGGCGCAGCUCCUCUUCUCCUGCAGCGCGCGCGCCACAAGGAAAGGAAGGGCGGCGAGCGAUGGCGGGGCUGCAGCGGUCGAGCGGCACGUUCCGGCGGUCGGGGUCGUCGGGGAUGGUGUGGGACGGCGACAGCCACCUGUCCGGGGAGAUCAAGCCCGUGCGGGUCGAGCGGAGCCGCUCCACGGGCCACGCCGGGUACAGGGCGUCCGCCGGCCGCGUCUCGCCCGCGCUCGACCCGCCCUCGCCCCGCGUCGCCGUCUGCGGCUUCUGCGCCUUCUUCCGCGGCGGCAAGGCAAAGGCGGCGAAGAAGGGCAACGACGGCAAGGCGGCCAAGUCCAAGGCUCGAACGGCCGCCGGUUCACCGAGACCAAAGGCGAGGCGAGCCAGUGGCUGAUUCAUCUGUACAUCCCCACAGCACGUACGUAUAUAUAUGUAAAUCUCGGUAGUUUCUUCCCUUCUCUUGCGUUACUGAUUGUACACAUGUAUAUAGAGUAGUAAGUGCGCGGAUUUAGUACGGUCGAUGUAUAGAGGGUAGCGUAGAACCGUGAGCCUCCAUGGAUGAUCCCUCUUUUUGCGAGAGCGGGUCUCAUCAUCACUUGAUUGUACAGUGUCCUCGUUCAUUUUGCUAUGUGACCAGAUAUUUGUAGGACGGCAGGAUUACUGGCAGUAGAACUUUUGCUACUUAAACGUGCUGUGUGUAUUCUGUUAUGUGCUUUUCCA